AAUGAAAUAAAUCAUGAUAUUCACGACACGUCACAUUUAACAAGGCGUAAUUCUUGAACGCCUUAAUACAGAACCCAUUUCUGGUAUUUUUGCGUGAAUUAUUUCCAGCUGCAGCCGAUUCCGAUAUUACGUCAAGCAUUUGGCGCCACAAUCUUACAGCACCCUCGUCCUAAUUGACGGAGCGUGCCGGAAUGCUAAUCUCCACCUGUACAGCACAACAGCGAAGUUAUUUUUCUCCACCGAGCGCUUGUAUUUUUCCAAAUUGCGUUCAUAAAACGCCCGUGCGCCGUAUUAGACGAGUGGUGAAACAAUCCCUCGUAAGAAACAAAAAAACCCACGCUCAAAACACAAUAUACUGAAUUGGGUUUUCUAGUCAUCCUUUUUAAAGCAAAGGCAAUGCCAUGGCUGCAAUUCACUAAUACACAUGUUUGGACAUUACAUUGUGUUAUAUUCUCAAGUCCUUUUUGCAGUAAAAUCGAUAUUAAAGUCAACAUCGCGUCCGCGUUUCUCAUUGGAGGCUGAUGGAGAGGGACGGUACUAAAAGAGCCACUCAGCAGCGCCGCGCACUACGAUCCUCUGAUUUGCAUCUCGCCUCCUAUAAAAGGAGCUCAACGCGCGAGCGACAUCCACAUUCGCUUCCCGUCUGUUCUGACCUGAAGCUGCUGCCUACGACGCGUCGACAUGCCCGAUCCUCCCGCAUCAAAGAGCGCUGGGCCGGCCAAGGUUCCUGCUCCCAAGAAGGGCUCCAAGAAGGCUGUGACCAAGGCUACGCGCAAGGAUGGCAAGAAGCGACGCCACCGCAGGAAGGAGAGCUACGCCAUUUACAUCUACAAGGUGAUGAAGCAGGUGCACCCCGAUACCGGCAUCUCGUCCAAGGCAAUGAGCAUCAUGAACUCGUUCGUCAACGACAUCUUCGAGCGCAUCGCUUCCGAGGCGUCCCGCCUGGCGCACUACAACAAGCGCUCCACCAUCACUUCUCGGGAGAUCCAGACCGCAGUGCGACUGCUGCUCCCCGGCGAGCUGGCCAAGCACGCCGUGUCGGAGGGCACCAAGGCCGUCACCAAGUACACAAGCUCCAAGUGAAGCCUCGACUCCACCAUUAAUUACAAAGGCUCUUUUCAGAGCCACCCACCUCUCCGAACCUGCUUGUACCAGUCCUAGCAGGAGUACUAAACGAAACUUCCAACAAAGCCCCGGUUCACGCGGGGACAUUG